CGCCCGAAGGAAAGAUGGUGGUGCCAGCGUCCCUGCAGUGAGGUCGCGCCCGUUUGCGCCGCCCCCGCCCGCAAGAAAGAUGGCAGCGGCCUGAGCCAGGCCCGUUGGUGGCGUCACGGGCGCUUCGCUCCGCUCCUCGGAUCCCGGGUGUGGGGAGGCAGGCCGGUGAGUGAGGGGCCCCAGGCGGCCUCUGCAGGCGGCGGGGCCGAGUGUCCCCGCCGGCCGGACGGCGAGGGCGGGUCUAGAGGCCGUCGCCGCCUCCCGCCCUGGGCCGGAACACCGUCGGUCCGUUCGGCCUCGAGCCCUAGCGAGACUCCGCCGUCACCGGAGCUCCUGGGAGCAGGGACGGGCAGACGACGCGAGUCUCCCAGGCCAUGGGCACGUCUGGUCUUCUGUUGGCCAAAACAUACGAAUGCCACCGCGAAACGGAGGCCGAGGGGGGUAUGGUUGGACUCGCAUUUAUCAGCGAGGCGACCUUGGACAAGCUGCCCAGCUUCCCUGCGCCUCCGUUUCCGCUUCCGAACCGCGUGGAUCCUCAUCCCCAGUUAGGAGGAUUUGGAAAUUUGAAGUCUGCUGUGCCCUUGACGUCUGGCUCAGAGGCGGUGUUAGGAACCCUGCUGAGCUUUCAGAAUAAACCGUGAGCUGUUGCCGUGAGGGCCUCUGGAGCCGUGCUGCCCGUCCCCAGCCUGUGGCCCUUGUGGGGACACACCCUCUUCAGUGCCUGGGGCUUGGACUGGAGCCAGACCUCACUUCCUCCUCUGCCCCUGCCCUUCCCAGCACCUGGCCCACACCCUGCAGCCCACCCCAUGGUCUGGCCCUGGGUAGUGAUGGCGUCCCGGUGGGGUCCCCUGGUGGGCCUGGCUCCGCGCUGCCUCUGGCUCCUGGGGGCGGUCCUUCUGAUGGAUGCGUCUGCGAGACCUGCCAACCACACGUCCACUCGAGAGAGAGCGGCCAACAGGGAGGAGAACGAGAUCCUGCCCCCCGACCACCUGAACGGUGUGAAGCUGGAGAUGGACGGGCACCUCAACCGGGACUUCCACCAGGAGGUCUUCCUGGGCAAGGACCUGGGGGGCUUUGAUGAGGACACGGAGCCACGGCGGAGCCGGAGGAAGCUGAUGGUCAUCUUUUCCAAGGUAGACGUGAACAGUGACCGGAAGAUCAGCGCCAAGGAGAUGCAGCGUUGGAUCAUGGAGAAGACGGCUGAGCACUUCCAGGAGGCCAUGGAGGAGAGCAAGAUGCACUUCCGAGCCGUGGACCCCGAUGGGGACGGCCACGUGUCAUGGGAUGAGUAUAAAGUGAGGUUCUUGGCAAGUAAAGGUCACAGCGAGAAAGAGGUUGCCAACGCCGUCAGGCUCAACGAGGAGCUCAAAGUGGAUGAGGAAACACAGGAAGUCCUGGAGAACCUGAAGGACCGCUGGUACCAGGCAGACAGCCCCCCCGCAGACCUGCUGCUGACGGAGCAAGAGUUCCUAUCAUUCCUUCACCCUGAGCACAGCCGGGGCAUGCUCAGGUUCAUGGUGAAGGAGAUCGUCCGGGACCUGGACCAGGAUGGCAACAAGCAGCUCUCUCUGCCCGAGUUCAUCUCCCUGCCCGUGGGCACCGUGGAGAACCAGCAGGGCCAGGACAUCGACGACAACUGGGUAAGAGACAGAAAGAAGGAGUUUGAGGAGCUCAUUGACUCUGACCAUGACGGCAUCGUGACUGCGGAGGAGCUGGAGAGCUACAUGGACCCCAUGAACGAGUACAAUGCCCUGAACGAGGCCAAGCAGAUGAUCGCCGUCGCCGACGAGAACCAGAACCAGCACCUGGAGCCCGAGGAGGUGCUGAAGUACAGCGAGUUCUUCACGGGCAGCAAGCUGGUGGACUACGCGCGCAGCGUGCAUGAGGAGUUCUGACACUGCCCACCCGAGCUGCCCUUCACGCCCCACCAGGGUGGCUGUUGGUGAUUCUGCGCUCGAUGCUGUUCCAGACUCCAGCUCCUCCGUCCUGACCCCCGACCACGGCUGGUCCCAGCGGGUGGAAGACGCGUCUGCUCUGCAGUGCCUGCUGCCUGGGAGGCCCCUGCUGGGAUGCGGCGGGGCGCAGGGCCUCGAAAUCGCUGCAUCUCACCUCUGAGAACCUAAUCUCGCUCUAGUCAUUCUGCCAAAGGCGCUGACGGCAUCGAGGCCGGAACAUCUGGGCCGGGCCCCUCGCGGGGCCACCGCUCCGUGGGAAAGAACACAGCUCCUCCAUUUCCUUGAAAACUGAACGAUUAAUAAAAAUAGAUGAAACUUGGCUGAAAA